AUGCUAAUCUUGGCUGUGUCUUGGCCACAGGAAACCCCAGGCCACAAAACGAAGAACCACAUCAGCCUUUCAGCCAAUUCUUUGGAUUAUGAGACUGAUAAAAAGCCAGCAAACCUCAGAAAUUUGAAGCUGUGUCCCAAAGACUGGCUGCUUCAUGAAAACAAAUGUUAUUGGAUCUCAGGGGAAAAACAAACCUGGAAUGAGAGUAGAGACAACUGCAGAGCCAAAGAUUCUGAACUUGCGAUUUUGAAAGAAGAGGCAGAACUGCAUUACAUCCACCAUGUCACCAAGGGGGCACAGAUGUUGUGGAUAGGACUGUCUGCAAAUUCCAAGACCCGUAAAUGGUUGUGGAUGGACAAUUCCCCAUAUAAUAAUAAAGAGAAGCCAAACAUCAUGGAGGCUCAAGGAAACAGCUGUGGGAUGGUGAAGGGCCCCAAAGUCAUCUCGGAAUCUUGCAGUGCUGUGACCAAGUGGAUUUGUGAGACAGAAGCUCUGAUUAUAUAAAUCAUUCAAGAGAAAAAACUAGGAAGGACUCUACAAUAAUUACAUUGGGCAGGAAUCCAGGUGGCCUUCCACUUACAACAGUUCCUUUAGCGACCGUUCAAAGUUACAACGGCACUGAAAAAAAAGUGACUUAUGAUGAUUUUUCACACUUAGGACCACUGAAGCAUCCUGCCCCCAUAGUCAGUAUUUUACAUUUGAAUGCUUGACAACUGAUUCACAUUUAUGACAGUUGCAGU